AUGACAAUAUAUCAUAAGGUAGACACGCCAACUACCUAUCAAGAAACUACACUGCUAAACCAGUACAACAACAGAAAGCCCGAAUCAACUGCAAUCAAGGAAGAGAAGUUAGUAUGGUUUCCAGAUAUAACAACAUGGUCCAUUGAGGAAAUUGAACGCCUAAAGGGUGCCAUAACCGGUAGAUUGGCCAGCAAGUGGAGUGUUGAUCAGACGACGCGGUUUUACAGGUACAUCGAUCGGUAUAUAGGUGAUAGGCUACAACGUGGUAAACGAGUUUUUCCCAGUAGAUCUAAAGAUCAAAACGAUCUAGGAGUUGGGAUUAAAAUUUUAAUUGAAGCUGCAAAUAAGGCUUUUGGGUAUAAUAAUUGGAUGACAUGUGUUGGGGAGAGCAUUAUAGUUGAAUACGCUGGCACAAUUAAUGAGGGAAAUGUUGCAUUUGUCAAUAAACUAAGAUUAGAAACAUCGGUGAAGCUCACACUUGCAGAUAACACAGUUAUCGAAAAAAUUGGGGCUGGAAGAGCAUCAAACCUAAAUAGAGAAAUUGCAUUUCGAAAAGUCAAAAAAGAGAGUGUCAGUGAUGCUCUCAAAAAAUGUUUUACAGAAUUGGUUAUAUUAUUGUUCGAUUAUGAAGAUAAAGUUAAAUCAGGGUAUUAUGAAAAAUACAGAUAA